AUGGUGCAGCUUAUGGAGGUAUUGAAUAGUUUGGCCAACAUCGAUUACUGUAAUGCUAUUUCGGACAUGAAAACUAUCAAUGAAGGUUUUCUCCAUCGUAGGGGCAGGAAAAUGUUCCACAAACAUGUCGACAAAAGAUUUGAAAAUGAAGCGAAACGUCAAAGUCUAAGAAAAAAAUCGCGUCAAAGUUAUCAACUGCCUCCUCCUAAGCCUCCAGCAAAGACUGUUCCGCCCAUUAGUCGAGUAUUUCGACAUCGACAGACCGAUUUAAGAGCUCAUUCUGUUAGCUUCAAAGGGCAAAGUUAUGAGAAUAGUAUCCUUUAUACCGCUUCUGCAGUUGUCAAUAGUCCAAUAUAUAACAAGAACACCAAUAGGUCCUAUUUCGAACAGUGUUUUGAUAUCGAAAAGCAAUUAGGAUCUGGCUCCUUUGGAGAGGUCUUCCAAGUUAAAAAUAAAGAAGAUGGUCAAUCUUAUGCCGUAAAGGUAUCUCGCGAAAAAUUUCGUAACAAUGCAGACAGGCAAGUUAAAGCUAUAUAUUCAAACAGAACUCUGCGCAAUGAGGGAUUAAAACACCUACACGAUUUUGGCUCUGUACAUAUGGAUAUAAAGCCUGCCAAUAUAUUUGUAUCUAAGGAUCUAGUUUGUAAAUUAGGAGACUUUGGACUGAUGAAUGAAUCAGAUUGCCAGGAAGGCGACUCAAAAUAUCUUGCGCCAGAGGUUUUACAGGGAAGUUUUGGAAAACCAGCCGAUAUAUUUAGUGUAGGAAUUACCACGUUCGAGUUAGCGUGUGAUGUUGAAUUGCCAUCAAGGGGCGAAGGGUGGCACCAAUUAAGAAGUGGAGAAUUGCCUGAAGAAUUUACUAAAGACAUUUCUUCCGAGCUAAAGUUGUUGAUCAUGUCUAUGAUCGAUCCUAUACCUAACAAAAGAAUCACCGUUGAUCAGCUGCUAGCUCAUGAAUAUCUGAAACAGCUAAGGAAUGAGCGUUUGCACAACCAAAAUUCUCAUGGGCAUAGACUAGAGUUACGUCUUGAAGGAGUAAAAGCCAUGGAUGAAAUUGAUGAUAAGCCAAUCAGUAGCACACCACAAACUGAAAAACCGAACAGCAUUGGCAAUUCGUAUCUAUACGAUAAAGAUAUAUCAGACGAUGAAUCUUUAUCAGAUAAUUGUAAAUCAUUGCGGUUAAAUCCUUUUACAAGUUUGAAACGAUCUCUGGAUGAUGAGUGGGAUAAUGACGAUAUUUCAUCGUCACCAGCAAAGUUAAAUUUUAACGCAAGAACUGAUAUUACUCCUGCGAAUCUGCCCUUUCCGAAUCCAUCAGUGGGCGACCUAAGCUGUAGGCUAAAUUUUGAUCAUGUACUAGAAUCAGUUCCUACUCCUAAUCAACGUAGCAAAGUUAAAGAAAGAUCAUACACACCGCACUCGGUCGGUAAUAAAAACCUAAAAGAAAGAUUUCAGUGUGUCGUUGAACCGAAAAACUUAUUAGAGGUAUUUGAGGAUGUCGCAAUAUCUGAUCGUCGUUAA